AAGCGCCCACGGCCUCCAUCUGAUGCACAAAACAGCUCAUUUGUCUCCUUUUUUAUUUCCAACCAACCAGCAAACAUGUCCGGACGUGGCAAGGGCGGCAAGGGCCUGGGCAAGGGCGGUGCCAAGCGCCAUCGCAAGGUGCUCCGCGACAACAUCCAGGGCAUCACCAAGCCCGCUAUCCGCCGUCUGGCUCGUCGUGGCGGUGUGAAGCGUAUCAGCGGCCUCAUCUACGAGGAGACCCGCACGGUGCUCAAGACCUUCCUGGAGAACGUCAUCCGCGACUCGGUCACCUACACCGAGCACGCUCGCCGCAAGACCGUGACCGCCAUGGACGUGGUCUACGCGCUCAAGCGCCAGGGCCGCACCCUGUACGGCUUCGGUGGCUAAGCGGCUCCUAUACGGUACCCUGCGCACGCUGUAUCUGCCACGUCUUCCCUUGUCCGCGGGAAGCGGGGCCAGCGCGGCGUGCCAGGACCCCCAAACAAACUCGGUGUUUCUCAACACCACCUCAGUGUCGGGCUUGUGCUCCUGGGCCUAUUCCGGGCAUGUCCUGGCCUUGUUAAUGUGGGAGUGUCCCAUGCAUAGCCUGCCUGAUCGUGUACCGCCUGCUCACGCCCCGCCGCGGUAGGACGCAGUUGCAACUGGGGCUUUCCCUCGCAUGCUCUGCAUGAGCGCAUCACAGGUACAUCGCGGAUACCUACUGUUGGGGAACACCUUGCCAGGAGGUGUUGGGCGCAAUCAAAUCAGGAGGAUCCCACUGGGCAGCCUUGGCCUUGACAAUGAGCAGCCCACCAGCCAUGCCACGAGACAAGUACUACGGCUGGGCAUGAUCCCAGCGGCUCACACAGACGUGUGGCUUCCACGAACGCGCUCCCUGGCAUCCCAACUCCACACGAGUAUGCAGCCGCUUACUGCGUGCUCCUGCGUGAGUAGCUCGGGGUUCCCCUCGGUCUGGUGCAUACAGUUGCCUUCGUAUGCUGGUAAACUCGUACAGGGGGAAGCGUGGAGGCGUGGAAGCAUGAGCGGCUGCAGUCUGAGCCAAGCACUCAGGUGGGGGGGGGUAGAAUCUUCCAAAACAGACCCCAUGCUUCAAAUGGAUAGAGCUCAACGAGAAAGUAACGAAUCCGCUUUCAAAAUCGAAAAUGGGGUUCUGGGUGCAAAGUUAUGACCCCUCAAAGUGGCCGGUAGGUCGGUAGGUCGGUCCGGUGGGGUCCCAAGAGGUUUGCAUAGGUUCGUGCCAAGUUUUGUUCCUAGCGCUUCUGUCCUGCAGCACGCGGCGCAAUGGGUGCAACUCAACGAUGCGUGCGUAGGUAUGCCCCAGACUCAGCACACGUGCAUAGUGUGGGGCAGUUUGAGGAGCGGCAUGUCGGCAGUUCGGGAGAUGCCUGGGGAACUGGUCAGGGACAGGCCGGUUCUCGCCGGGUUUUGCAUGGAUGAACGUGUCAGCACAUUUCAUAUUAUUAAGUAACAUCGGAGUAAGCCGUUGCAUAGCAGGCCAGUCUAUCAGGACACUUGUCCACAUGUCCGUCAGUCAAAGUGCGUUCCCAAGGCGGAUCAUUUUACAUAUAUAGC